AUGAAGUUCUUACCAUUCCAGUCGAGUCAGCAGGAUCUAGAAUACAUGCCGAUUGAGAAACACGGGGGAGAUAAGAAAACCUCUCCAUGCAUUAGGGGUUUCUUCGUGGUGUUCGGUCUCCUGGUCGUGCUUACGAUAUGCGUUCUUUCCUUCGAGAAGGGGAGAGCGGUUGGGGAGAGAGGAGGGAUUCAAGAGCAUGUGCUUCAUGUUCGUGAGUACUCUUAACACUGAUAAAGUAUGAGGUGCCUUCCUGACAUUAAUUAGCACCCCCGGCAAUUAUUGACCACACGUUUUAUUUCCAUGAGGAGUUUGAAAAGAAGCCGGCAAAAGGCGAUGUUUGGACUAAAGUCCCUCCCCGUACGAAAUGUGUCAGAUUGUUGAGUGAGUUAUUGCUAACAAGAUUUAGGCGGUAGAGGCAUCAUAUACAAUCCCUCCGUAGCACCCUCCGCAAAAGGUGUCGCCAUAUGGCAUCAACUCCAUUGCCUAGUAUGAACCAUCACAAGCCUCUUUCUCUUACAGAAGUUCGCUGACUAGCAAAAAGGAUGCACUUCGCAAAAUCUACUGGUCUUCGCUUGACGGAUCGAAACCCGAUUUACAGAUGAAACCUCCUCACGUCAAGCAUUGCAUCGAGUAUAUGAGACAAGCUUUGAUGUGUAAUGCGGAUACUACGUUGGAACCUAUUGAUGAUGAGCUGGGAGGUGUUACUGGGUUUGGGAAUAAGAGGAAGUGUCGGGAUGUGAUGGCGAUAAGGGAGAUGGACUGA